GAACUGGACAUGGAAAUAAAAGAGUCUAACUACACAUAUGAACCUGAAGUCCACACCAGUGAUAAGCAAAUUGCAGUUGAUACCAAGUAUGAUAACAGAGUAAAGGCUCCUAACACUGAAGAGACAGUUGAUACCAAAGACAAGAAAUAUGCAACAGUUUUAACAGUUGUUAAAAGUAUUGAGGAGAUAGCCGACAUUAAAGAUGCAAACAGUGUGUCACUUGCUGAGGAUAUCAAGAAAAGAGUUAAUGUCAAAGACACAAAAAUUGUGAUAGAGGACGUGAAGGAGAGAGCACCCAAGGAUCGCCGCCUUUCUCGAUGGAGAAGAUUGUUAAAUCUUUUUACAUCCUGCUUUAGACACAGGUCAAGAGCAUAA